GACGCCUCCCCACGGGCUGGCCGCAAUGCAAAUAGCGCUACUGUUUGGUGCUGCUGGUGCUGUAGGUGCUGGCGCUGGCGCUGCUGAAAGUAUGCUAUAAUAUCCGCCGGGCUUUUCAGACUGCCCUCCUCCUCUCCCUCGCGUUCGCCUCUAUUCCAGUGAUUGGCCCAACAGAAACACUGUACUAACAACAUAUUUUUUCUUUUCUUCUUUUAUCCAGCCCCAGGGCGUGCGGUGGCGCUGAAUUCGCUUUUACAAUGCCGAGCUCAAUACUACUCUUCCCGACCUAAACUAACCCAUUAUACACGUCUUCCCCACUCUCUCCCCAUACAACCUCGGGCUAUCACCAACAAAUAUCAAUCUGGCUGAGAUUCAGUCUAUCAUCAUCAGAAAAUUCAUUACUAUGGCUUCAGAAAAGGGUCCCCCAGGCAAAGGGAAAGGGAAAGGGAAAGCUAAAGAUGCCCUACUCUUCCUCGAUGUUAGCAACGCCUCUGAAGACUCCAAGGCGUCUAAUAGGAAAAAGGCCCGUGCCCAUAUCAUGAACCAGUAUCACCGCAAACACCGUAACGCUCUGGUACGGCAGCAGCCUGAAAAAUCAAACAAAAUCAAUUUUUGGAACAGAACUAACAUGUACUCUAGAAUACUGCUGAUCGGCUACAUGUCCCUGCUGCGACGCGUGCUGGUUCUACGCCUGCUAGCCGUAGCCUGAGCAGCAGCGCCUCGCCCGUCUCUCGCAACUUUGAGCCUGGCCAUAUUAUCCCUACCGACCUGCUGCAGCAGCAGUUCCAUCUGUUUGGCUGGAACAACACUGUGAUUCGACCGCAUCUCUUUGGAAUUCCCAACCCGGGCGUCUUUGAUCUAGUCCAGUUCCCGUUCCACCUGUCUCGGCGCGACGAGAUGCUUCUGCACCACUACGGUCAGGUAUUCAACCACUCCAAUAUCCCCGUAUGGCCAAAAGGAGACUGGCUCACCGUCGCUGCCAUGGACGACGCCGUGCUGCACGCCACGCUCAUCGUAUCCGCCCUGCACAUAGGCCUUCUUUUGAAAAAAAAGAUAUCCCCCGAUGCACUCCGCCACUAUAGCCAUAUCACGAAAAUCCUAAGCAAUCGGUUCAAUGACCCCACCAAGAGCCAGACAGACGCUACCAUCUUAACCGUCGCGUGCUUAACACUCAUGGAGAUCCUCAACGCGUCACCACUCAAAGCCGAACCCCAUGUUAAAGCCCUAGAACACCUUACUGCCCGGCGAGGCGGUGUCGACUCACUAGGCCUCAAAGGAAUGAUUAAACGAAAAGUAUUAUGGGCCGAUUUAAGCAGUGCUAUAGCCCAGCAAAUCCCUCCCCGAUUUAAACACGAGCCUACGCCAUGGUACCCAAACAUCUCACCAAUAGAUAUGUCCAAUAGCGAUCUAUGCAACGAAGCCCGACGAUUAGCAAACGAAACACGGAAUCCAGUGGAAACCAGCCAAAUAUUUGACCAUCUCCAGUGUUUAUCAUACGCUAUUAGUCUUAUAAACCGCUCCGAAAACCCAACAGACAAUCUGGCACUAAGCGACUACUUUUACGACUGCGAAUGGAAGGCAUAUGAUUUUUACUCAAGAGCCUUUAAAAACGCAUCCUCUCCUUCUCCCAACGAGCCGCCAUCGUUAUAUACACCGCUCUAUCUGGCAUCCUGCGUCGCCAUCAUCAUGUACAGCAAUAUCGCACUCCGCGAAAUCCCCAUCCAAGCAGGCAUGUUUGCACCGUUUAUUUCGUCACUACUACAGCUCCUCGAUGGCGUCGACUUGGAAGCAGUCAGUAGAAAGUACCCGUUGAUGUUGUGCUGGGUGCUUGCGAUUGGCGGGAUAGUUUCAUACGAGCGGCCCGAGAGGCAGCAGUACGUGCAGCUCUUCAGCAGGUUCUGCAAGAGUCAGGGAUAUGGCGAUUGGGAUACGGUAAAGACGUGUUUUCUUGACAGCGUGUAUGUAACGCCGCUGUAUGUAUCCGAGUUUCGCGACUUUUGGAAUGAUGUCGAGGAGGAGUGGAUUCUCGACGGUUUAUCAUGACAUGACACAAGCUGGUAUAUUCAUAAAAAAAUCAAAUUAUCCAACGAUG